AUGCAAGUACGAGUACCUAGGAGUUCGGCCGAGUGCGAAGGCGAGGGCGAGGGAGCGGAGAGCGCCGUUUCGGAUAACGUGGAUGGGGGCGAUUGCGCUCACACGAACGCUGGCGACAAGUCUUACACGAACGGCUCUUACGCGAACGACUCUCACACGAACGACUCUUACGCGAACGACUCUCACACGAACGACUCUUACGCGAACGACUCUCACACGAACGACUCUUACGCGAACGACUCUCACACGAACGACUCUUACGCGAACGACUCUCACACGAACGACUCUUACGAGAACGAGUCUUACGAGAACGACUCUUACGAGAAAGAUUCGUACGAGAACAACUCUUAUGCGAACGCAGGGACGAAGACAGGGUUAGUCCUAGCGGUGGGCGGCGGGUGGUGGGCGGCGGCGACAGAGAGGAUCUGGGCGCAGAACAAAACGGUCUUUCUUCGUAUCCGGCGAGAAGUAGGAGACCUGUCGUAG